AUGUGGAAGACAUUGAUUAUCAGUGCGUUGAUCGCCCUCUGGUUAGAGCCCAGUUGCGCACAGAAGGAUACGGACGAGAUAUCUCUGUAUCAAAAUCAACACAAUCUUAAAAAUCCACCAGUGAAGAAGUACUCUAAAGCUUUCAAGAGUGGCGACAACGUAGGUUUGUAUGUUGACAUAGAGGGUGAGCAAAUACUUUUCCGGCUGGAGGAACAACCAAUAGCCCCGCUAGACGGAAAAACCUUACAAUAUACUUAUAACUGUUAUUCUGAGGCGCACGAAGAUAUUGAUUGUAGUGCAGCGCUUACACGAGGGGGCGAUGUGUGGAGCAUGUUUGUGUUUUGGGGAAACGAUACAUGGAUAUUUGAAGGAGUUGGAGGAGGAAUGUCGAUGGUAUAUAAAUCAACAGACAUGGUGGAAUCGGACUUCCAGGAUCUUGUGGUAGGCAUAGAGGAUACUGUGGUAGGUCGAUCAACAUUAAAUCGUCGAGAAGCAAACGGCGAAGUAAAAGGAGCCGGGAUAGCGUGGAGUCAGGCACUGAACUUGGCACAGAACGAAGACGGAGGAGAACAGCUCGUUGACGGACCCAAUUUUGGCUAUUCAUCGGUACAAGCUCAUCAUUCACGAGACCGCCGUAGCACUUUCAGAACAAUGCAUCUCCGAAUCACAUACGACAAAGCUUAUUUGACUAAACUAGCCGAAAAACUAAACCUGGGUACACCAGAAGCCACUAUCACACAAGCAGAUACGUACACGAUGUUGUUGUUGAAUCACGUCAACACUAUCUUCGUCCCUCAGGUGGGUAUCAAGUUCGAAGUAUAUUCAGAGUCUCGGGUGCCAAGCAGCAACUGGCCCGAUGGAAAUUACGGAUCUGAUGGCAGCACGGAGAGCAAUGUGACGCUGAAAAGAUUUAACGCAGAUGUGAACGACAACACUGACGAUCUCAAUGUCCUAUUCUCAGGGUUGUCAAUGGGCCUCACUAUUGGAAGUGCGUAUCUUGGAGGGGCGUGUAGAAAAUCCAGUAACUCCGCUAUCGUAUCACCGUUGACGCAGAGCACGUAUGGUAUAGUGUCGUUACUGGCCCACGAGAUUGGUCACAAUUUUCGCUGCGACCAUGUUGACUCCCGUUUAGACAUCAUGUACAGAAUUAAUUUCGGUUCUAGAUAUUUCGGCACUGCAUGUCGCGCUUCAAUCUCACAGCAUAUCGAAGCCAUUGAGAAAAAUGUAAAAAAGCUGUAUAUGGAUACUUGUUUUGAAAAACAGACAGAUAGCAAUCCGUGCUUCGCAGAGGGGGUGUGCGGACAAGGUCUUUGUAUCAGGGAGACCGGUACCGAUGGCAAAGGGUACAGGUGCAAAUGUGAGGACUCUGGGUAUGAGGGUGACGAUUGUGACGAACUUAUCGAUAACUGUCACUCGAAUAAUUGCCCAAAUGAAGCCACUUGCGUUAAUUUGUUGAAUAGUUACACGUGCGACUGCUCAACUGGAUUUUCGGGAUUCUAUUGCCAGUUUGAGUUAUGCGAUGCUGUCGGCAGUCAGUGUCGUGAAGGAAAAUGCACUGAUGGAGAAGAGGGCUACACGUGUAACUGUGAUGGAACAGGUUUCACAGGUAAAAACUGCGGGGAUGACAUCGAUGAGUGUGAUAAAAUCUCAUGUGAAAAUGGAAGGUGCAUUAACCUUGCGGGCUCGUACAAGUGUGAAUGUGAUAGUGGUUACGAGAUCUCGGGGGGUACUUGUAAAGACAUUAAUGAUUGCGCCGAUGAUCCGUGUGGUGCAGGAGAGACCGGAAAGUGCAUCGAUGAAGUGGGUGGUUAUAGAUGUGAAUGUUAUUCAGGUUACACAGGUAAAAAUUGCGAUGUAGACAUUGAUGAGUGUAAGAAUGUAUCGUGUGGGAAUGGAGUAUGCAAAGAUCGUGUUGGCUCGUACGAGUGCGAAUGUGAAACGGGGUUCGGAGGAAUUUUGUGCGAUCAGUUUGACUUUUGUGCGGAAUCGCCAUGUUUAAACGGCGGCGACUGCACUUCAAACGACACAGGAUACACGUGUAAGUGUGCAGACGGCUACACAGGUACAAGAUGCGCCGUGGACAUAAACGAAUGUCAUGAUCCGACAACGUGCGUUAGAGAGAACUUAAAGACCUGUAUCGAUCAAGUCAAUGGUGUUGAGUGUGUUUGUAAACCUGGCUGGGGUGGUGACAGAUGUCAAGACAACACAUGCGAUUGUGGGGCUGGAGCAUGUGACGAGGAUCAUUUUGGAGAACCUAUAUGCCGAUGUCCUUCAGGAUGGAGCGGUGUGAAAUGCGAGGCCCCACCCACUAUGGAUGCCACAACAGGGCUUAAUGUGUGUGCCGGAGAGCCAUGCGGGUCCAAUGGUAAUUGUCGCACUGUUGAUCAGGGAGAUGGUAACACCGAGUUUGAGUGCUCGUGCUUCGGGGGAUAUACAGGCAAAUAUUGUGAUCUUGCUACAUAUGAUCCGUGUGCUAGUAAUCCUUGCAACUUCGCAGGAGAUUGCCGUGCAUCCAGUUUCGGCACUUUCUCGUGUACUUGCGUGCCUGGUAGAUAUGGCGAUCUCUGUGAAUACGAUGUCAACGAGUGUGACCCUGAUCCUUGUGUGACAGGAACCUGCAGUAAUAGGCACAAUGGAUUUGUGUGUAUAUGUCCUCCAAAUUUUACAGGCGAAACCUGUAAUACGUUAGUGCAUACAUUACAAGAGGGUGGUGCUUCAGUCAUCCCGUAGUAGUCGCUAGUGGAACAUCUGAGCAGCAAGUAAUAUGACAAAGAACUCGUGCUUUAGGAAGUAGAAUAAAGGACAUGAAAC